AUGAAAGAGACAGAAAGGAAGAAAUCUUUAAAGCAGAAAAUCCGUGAUUUGAAGAGAUCCAUUGAAAACACAACGAACCAAGAAGAGCUGGCACAAAAACAAGAAAAGCUGGCAGAGCUUAAAAUUCUUAAAGGUCUCGGCUUGAAAAAUGCAAAUAUUUGGGGAAAAUACAAGACCAUAAGAUUUUUUGGUAAGCAUUAUUUAGAACAAAAAAAGGUUGGCAGAAAACUCAAAAAAAUCAAUAAGGAAAUCGAAGAGCAAGGAGAAAACGAAGAUCUUCUCCAGCAAAAAAGAUCAUUAAUGGAUGACUUAAACUACAUUAAAUACUACCCAAUCAAUAAGAAAUAUGUCUCACUCUUUGCAGAGAGUUCUGAAAACUCAGAGAAAGAACGAAUUAUAAUGAGAAAGCAUAUAAAUAAAAUCAUUGAGAAGAAGCAAAAGAAAAAGCUUAUGCAUUUAGAAGAAGAGCUAAGAGUUGAUGCCCCUAAAAUCAAGGAAGACAUAAAAAGAGAAAUAAAGAAAAAUAUUAAAGAAGAAAAAUCAAAGGAACCUAUUAAAAAGCAUGAUGAUGGGAAAAAAUUGCGAAUUAAUGAGCCUAAGGUAAAUACAGAGAAAAAGGAAAAAGAACCCAAAGUAAUAAAGCAGAAGAAAUUUGAAGAGGUCAAAGAGGAAAGAAUUCCUUUGAAAAGGAAAAAUAAAAGUAAAAAUGAGCUUUCAAAUAAAAAAGCUAAGUCGUCAAGAUUUGCAGAGGAAGAAGAGGAUACUGUGAAAAUUAUCCCUGUGGAAAAGGAUGAUUUCUUUUUACUCUAA